AUGGCGGUCGAGACAGAGAAGAAGCCUGGCACAUGCAAGUGGUUCAACAGCACGAAGGGGUAUGGGUACAUCACCCCUGACGAUGGAAGCGACGACCUCUUCGUGCACCAGACCAGCAUCCACGCCGACGGCUUCCGCAGCCUCAAGGAGGGCGAACCAGUGGAGUUCACGGUUGGUACCGGCGAUGACGGACGCUUGAAGGCGCUGGACGUCACAGGGCCUGGCGGUGCAGCCGUCCAGGGUGCACCCCGCGAGCAGAUGAGGGACCGUGCUCCUAUGGGCGGCGGCGGCGGCUAUGGUGCUGGAGGCGGCGGCUAUGGCGGCGGCGGCGGCGGCUACGGAGGCGCGGGCGGCGGGGGCGGCCGCGCGUGCUACCGCUGCGGCCAGGAGGGCCACAUCUCGCGCGACUGCCCCAACGAAGCGGGAGCGUGGGCGGGCGGGGGGGGCUACGGGUGGCGUCGGGGAGGAGGCGGCCGUACGGGCGGGGGGGGCUACGGGCGCGGGCGGUGGGGGCGUACGGGCGGGACGGG